AUGGAAGAACUUGGGCCUCAUGGGAACAGAUCUUACUUACUUUAUGGCGCCACUAUGUUCGUCAUUUUAACCCUUGGCCUCAUUGGGAACUUCCUCACCCUUAUUGUUCUUUUCCACCCGCAACAUCGGACCAAGAGCAUGACUCCGCUUAUGGUAAACCUAUGUGUUGCAGACCUACUGGUGUGUUUGUUUGGGUACACUGUGGCAGUGAACUACAACACGGCAGAUUUUGCAAACACUGGCAGUGCCCCUGCCCUUUGCUACUGGCUUGCCUUUAUCAACGCCGCCACAGGCCUGGCCUCCAUCGGUACCUUGGCUGUCAUGGCAAUCAUAACAUACUUGGGUAUCUCUAGAAAUGAGAUCGCUCAGCAGAACAGGAUGACAGGAAAGGCAGAGAUGCUGUUGCUUACUGGUAAGAGAUCCCUAUUUGUUGUAUGAUUGAGAAAAAAAAACCCAAAGAAAGCUACUUUCCAACAUAACACUGACAUUCUAUAGCUGAAAAAAGCGUUCCUCUUGAUUCAACUGCCAAAAUGUUUUCAUCACCGAGCAGUUACUUUGCUACCCGAAGGGGAUAAUUUCAGUUGUUUGGUUUUUAACUCUGCGCCUCAUAUUCAUAUUUCUCUCUGACAGACUUCACUCACAUUUAAAUCAUAAAUGCAAUAAACCACACUUUCUAUCGGUUAACCGCGUAAAACACUACGCAGGAUGUUGGGGAAACACGAGAAAAGUCUAUAAACCACGAGGCGACUUUUCGUAUUCUCCCAGCUUCCCGCGUGGUUUAUUAGCCCAUAAAUCGAUAGAAAGUGUGUUUUGUUGCUUAAAUUAUAACCACUUUAUCAUUAUCAAAUAAAUACAACGUCCGGGUCUUGGGGUGCAAAAAGCGUGCAUGUUGCAAACUGCCUUCUUGAUUUUUAUUGUCGAUAACAGAAGACCGUGUUGUCUCGGUCAAAAUGAUUAUGGUGACCUUUAAUAUCGGUGUUUCCUCAGUUCUGAUCGGAACGAACAGAAUAGUUAUAAUUUCUAGGCUUGCCUUAUCUACCACCAGGAAUCUGGUUGUACGCGAUUGUGUUGACGAUUCCUCCGGCUAUGGGCUGGAACAAAUUUAUUCCUAUUCCUUCACGAGUAAGCUGCCAUCCUGAUUGGUAUUCCCAGGACCUCAGCUCCAGGUCUUACAUCAUAUAUCUGGUAACGUUUGGCUUCUUUAUCCCUUUGGUGAUCAUACUUGGGAGCUACGGAGGGAUAUACAGGUAUUAGUGCGGAAUGAUAACAAAACGCGGGGGAGUUAAACUUGACUGCGUUUCCAGUUGAAUGGCAAUAUAAUUCAAACGCGACUUGAUCUUGAUGAUUGACCAUGCAUGCAAUCUCUUGAAAUCCUAUCCUCUUGAAAUUCCUUGAAAAUCGUCUCUUGAAAUCCUAUCCUCAACAAUGGUCAACAGGCGAAUCUUUCCAAACAAGACAUAGUCGCAAAGCAAAACUUUCCGAAUGAAGUACGAAGUGUCGAGAGUAAAAUAAGGAGACAAACGAUUCAACGAGCUUUACGUGACUCGGUCGUUCUAACCUAUCAGAGUGAUUUGCGCACGGAGCAGUUUAUGUGUGUCUUAGAACUUAAAGCUCUCACUAGUCAACCAGUUCGUUGGCACUUUAUAUGAGCAUAAGUGUUUUUGACUGAUAGCAAUUUAAGAUAAGAGGGAGUGAAUUAAACGAGUUUUCUUCUUUCUCAGAAAAGCACAGGAUUAUCUUCUUCUGCAAAAGUGUUACUGGCCGAUGUAGCUGCCAGUGUUUACAUAAGACAAUUGAAUUCCUAUUACUCCGCCAAAACCUUUAACUGUUCCCACGGUUUAGUUGCCCACCUCAUCACCGUUUCAUGGUACAUUUUUUGAGUUGAGUGGUUCACAGAAACUUGGAUUUUGUCUAGAGGAGCUUUCCUUUUUGUGAUAACCUCGUACCUUCCUUGCGUCUGAAUACACAUGUAGGUAGGUAUAUAUGUACAGAAGUAAUUUUUUUGACGACUAAGGUGCAUGUUGAGAGAAAGUAGAUGAACUGUCUGCCAUUUGAGUCUCAAAACAGCUAGGAAACAUCUGAUCGUACAACAAAAACAAACGAGAGUCUUCUCUGAUUGUACUAAGGCUAUUGACGGUGGAUCAACGUAGUUGAGAUAAUCUCUUGCAGAGCCAAUUAGAAAUAAAUUAAAUACCAUUUAUCUACAUAAUGAAAUCACGAGUUUUGGCUUCUGAUCAAAUUCUUUGCAUGACCUGUAAAUAAUUAACUGUGCAGAUUACUUCCGAUCUUGCGCAUGACCGCGUCCUCUCCGUCAUCGGUAUCCGUCGAUUUACUUUUUACUAAUACAAUACACAAUACACCUAAAACAGUAAUCCCGAAUUUUGAAUCACGCAAGCUUUCAAGACGAUUUCUUAAGAGGAAGGGGACGGAAAUAUUGUUUCAACAAAAAGGUAUCUGAAUUAAGGCGUAUCAUUCCAAUUGCAACUUUUUAGGGGUGAAUUUAAAUAUGACAAAAGUACUUUCAACCCUUUCCCUUUUUUUAUUGCCAACAUCUACUAGCGCGAAGAGCCUAUAGUGAGUACUGUAAGCUCUUUUGGUCUUGCGGAUAGGAUUCCAUGAGAUGCGUGACGUGAUCACAAGCAAUAAUAGUUAAUCAACAAGAUGGACUCGCGAGUAAAACUGUACUGUACAUUUACCUGGAAAACACAGUCAAAGAAACUUAACUCCUCUGCUCUCUCUGAGAUGAUAUGAAAGUUUUUUGGCUUCUUUAGAAGAGCUGGUAUGUCUGUGCCAAUGAAGAGAAAUGACUACCACGGAUACUUAUCAUUUUCAAACCAAGGAAAGCCAACAUACACACCUUCCCAGGAGAUGCUUUUUAACAAUUGUCCAAUUUUGAUUGACCAUGAAUUUGAUUGAAGUUCAUUUAGGAAAAAGCAAUUCGUCACUUAUUAUCCCCUUAGUGGGCCAGAAAUAUGAUUUAUUCCAUCUAAGAUAUUCGUAUAUACACGUGUGUUUGUUUUUGAAGACUUGUUAGUCGCAGUUUUUGGGAGGAAAUUUCAAAAGAGAGCGCCAGUUGCAUCGCUCUUUGUUCACAUUGAUGAUGAAAUGAUAAAGCUGUCGCAGUCAUUAUUUAAAGGAUUUCUCUAAAACAAAAUUAAAUUUUUUGUCUCAGUCCUUGAUUCCUUUACAGGAACCAAAGUAUCACCAAACGCAUGUAAACGUCAGGAUGUCAUAAAAAUGUAGUUAAUUGUGUCAAUAACAAAAUGCGAGAAAGUCAGGAAAAAAAAUGUAAAGCAAGAGCACUUAUUCUUCUUUCUGAUACUGAAUAAUAGUCAUUGGAUUGUUUGUCUUCAAUUAGGACAUCUCAAGCUGCUCACAUUUAAAGAUGUUGUCUUAAUUUUGAUUGGCUAAAGUUGGCUGAGUUUUAAUGGCUGAUCGAUGGUGGCUUAAAGAGCUUAAAAUUAUAUCAGCUAUUUUUUGCGAUUUGGCUCGUCGCAUUGAAAGUGCUUGCAAUCGGACAGUUUGGACUUGAAACAGCCAAUUAAGUUACAAAGAAGGGCUGUUUAGAAUCCUCAUAUUCGAGCAUUUUGCUAAUGACGCAAUUAGACGUGUAAUGUCGAUUAACCGAGUCUCCGUAAUUGGUAGG